AAAACAUUUAGCAGGAGGUUACCAGAGGAGCAUUUAGAGGGAAAAACCUUAUCAUCAGCAUAAUCACACAAAGGACAUUAGAAGGAAAUCAGUGGCUCAUUUGUUGAUUGUUUUUUAAGUGGAAAUCCCAUCCAUCGGACAGAGCAGACAUGCAGUGGGGUUUGUUGCUCAUUUUGUUAGGUCAGUGUUGUUUCAUGGACUGUCAGCUCUAUCAGUAUCUCUACAUCAAUCAGAAUAAGAACUGGACUGAAGCUCAGCAGUACUGCAGAGAGAAACACACUGACCUGGUCACAGUGACUAACAUGAAGGACAUGGAGAGACUCAUCAGUGUCUCACUAGGAGACAUAAAGGAAGCUUGGAUUGGUCUGUAUGACCAAACAAAAGCAGAGAAAACAUGGCACUGGUCUCUGCCUGGAGUGAAGUUCAAUGAAAGUGAGACAAACUGGGCACCAAAUGAACCAAAUAAUCUCCCAUCUGAAGUCCAAAACUGUGGGGUUACAUGGAACAGUGGCUCUUAUUAUCUCAAGUGGGGAGAUUAUUCCUGUAAUGGAAAGCAGAAUUUUCUCUGUUAUAAUGAAAAUGAUUCAUCACAGAAAUAUCACUUGAUUAAUGAAGCAAAGAACUGGACAGAAGCUCAGAGUUACUGCAGAGAGAAACACACAGACCUGAUCAGUGGAUGGAAGCAACUACAGGAUGAAGAAGUGAAGAAUAAGUUACAUUUAAUGACUGCAAAUUCAGAAAACAUCUUUAUUGGUCUGUUCAGAGACACCUGGAGGUGGUCAGAUGGAAGCGUUUCCUCCUUCAGACACUGGAAUCUACAAUUUAACAAUCAGAUAAUCAACAGUGGUCAAUGUGCCAUGACUGUGUUUGAUGAUGGAGGAAGAUGGAGGAAAGAGAACUGUGACAUGAAAAAACCUUUCAUCUGUUAUGAAGAUAAAGUGAUCCUGAUCAAAGAAAACAAAACCUGGCUUGAGGCCUUGACCUACUGCAGAGGUCAUCAUGAUGACCUGGUCACCAUCACCAACAUGGAUGAUCAGAUAUUGAUCCAGGAGAAAGCUAAGGAGGCAUCGACUCCUUUUGUCUGGUUGGGUUUGUACUUCAGCUGCUUGAAGAAUAAGUGGUUCUGGGUCUGUAAGAACAAUCCAAACUUAGAAAGACAGAUCAAUAAUUGUGGAAAAUCUGGAGCCAUGGAGGCAGGAGGAAAACACAUGUGGUUCCAAGGAAACAGCACAGAGAAGUUGAAUUUCUUCUGUCUUAAGCGUUAAGUUGUUCUUUUCCUGUUUGCUCUUUUUAAAAAUAGUUUAAGAACUUCAUUGAAGUUUACAUUUUAUUUCACCUAUGAUAAAAAAUGACGACUAGUAGAGAUUCAAACUAGAGGUUCUGCUCUGAACUUUGUUUCUGUUCAGUUUGUAAUUAGCUUGUACAUGAGCACAUUUUUCUUCCUUUAUUCCAGUUUUAUUUUACUGAAGACAAAAUGGCUCUUUGUGUUGUAAAGGUUGCAGAUCUCUGCUUUAUACUGAAAGCAAAUAUGAUGUUCAAAUUUAAUGCUA